AUACCCGACCAAGGGUGAGGGCUCGCUUCAUAUUAAUUAAAGAACAACAAAAACAAGGCCCACGACUUACAAAAAGUAGGCCUAGCUUAGGGCCUGAAGUAUGCCUGUUCUGUAUUGUUAAAACUGUGGUAAUUUGAUAUCAGGAUGACGUAAGCAUUUAAAAAAUGACUGCUGUGAAAAUCCACUGGAAGAAGGGGUUAUUGCUACUGCUUAUAUUUGGAUGUCUGAUCUGUUUAUAUUUGUUUAGCAAAGAUAACAAUAUUGUAGACCAAGAAAAUGUUGAUGUGCUAAUGAACAGGAAUUCAGAAUUGAAGAAACAGAUUCAAGAGUCAGAGCAGGAAAAUCAUAUGCUAAAAGCACAGCUAAGGAUAUCUCAGAGCCAAUUAGAGCACACCUAUGAAUUAUACGAACAUCUCAAAGAAGAAAGAAAUGUUUCAGCUCCUGCAAACCAGACAGAAUGUUGGAAUAAGCUAGUGAUACCAAAAUGUGAGGUUAUUCAUAUAGCAAUAGUGUGCGCUGGUCACAACUCGAGUCGUGAGGUCAUAACCUUGAUUAAGUCUAUCCUAUUUUAUCGCAAAAACCCUCUUCAUUUUCACUUUAUCUCAGACGAAAUAGCUCAGCUUACGCUUAGUACAUUGUUUAAAACGUGGAAUCUUCCAGGACUUCAAGUUAGUUUUUAUUUAGCGGAAACAUAUAAGGGUGAUGUUUCCUGGAUUCCAAACAAGCAUUAUUCUGGUAUAUUUGGCUUGAUGAAGCUUGUUUUCAUAAAAAUUUUACCAAAGGAUUUAAAAAAGGUUAUAGUGUUAGACACUGACUUAACAUUUGCAAGAGAUAUAGCAGAACUAUGGCAGCUGUUUCGUCAUUUAACAAGUCCUAUAUUAUUUGGACUCGUUGAGAAUCAGAGCGAUUGGUAUUUGGGUACCAUCUGGAAGAAACACAAGCCUUGGCCUGCAUUGGGUAGGGGUUAUAACACUGGUCUCAUUCUACUAGCUCUAGAUAGGCUGCGACAAAUAGAUUGGAUGAAGAUGUGGCGAUUGACAGCUGAGAAAGAAUUGAUGAGUUUGUUAUCAACCUCAUUGGCAGACCAGGAUAUAUUCAAUGCAGUAAUAAAAGAUCAUCCUCACAUAGUAUACAAUCUGCCAUGCUCAUGGAAUGUACAGCUAAGUGAGCAUACCCGCAGUGAGCUAUGCUACACGGAGCUAAGCGACAUUCAAGCAAUCCACUGGAAUUCACCACUCAAGCUGCAGGUGAAGAAUAAACACAUUGAUUUCUUCCGCAACCUUUACUUAAGUUUCUUAGAAUACGAUGGAAAUUUAUUAAGACGAGAACUGUUCAGCUGUGGUCACAUGAACGUCAACACAUCAACACAAGAAACAAAGCCUGAUGAACUAGAAGAGUCAGAUGAAUGCUAUGAUUUUAGAAGAGAAAGAAUACUGUUGCACAGGACACACUUAUAUUAUCUAGAUUAUGAAUACAUGCCAAAGCCUGAUGGUAACGAUGUAACAUUAGUAGCUCAGCUUUCCAUGGACAGGUUGCAGAUGCUUGAAGCCCUCUGUAAACAUUGGGCAGGUCCAAUGAGUCUUGCUAUUUACAUGUCUGAUGCAGAUGCACAGCAGUUCUUACUCUAUGCACAAUCUUCAGACAUAUUAAGAAGUCGAAGAGAUGUUAGCUACCAUAUAGUUUACAAAGAUGGGCAAUUUUACCCAGUUAAUCAUCUACGUAACAUUGCUUUAAAAGAAGUCAAGACGCCAUAUGUUUUCUUGGCGGAUAUCGAUUUUUUGCCAAUGUACGGACUGUACAGUUACCUUAGGAAAAUGAUUGGCACAUUAGAUGUGGCCAACACAAACAAGGCUUUGGUUGUUCCUGCAUUUGAAACACUUCAUUACCGUAUAAAUUUUCCUAAAUCUAAAACGGAUCUAUUGCACAUGUUGGAUAUGGGUUCUCUGUUUACGUUUCGAUACCAUGUGUGGCAGAAAGGUCAUGCUCCCACUAACUUUCCAAAAUGGAGGACAUCAACAAUGCCAUACAAGAUCCAGUGGGAUACUGACUUUGAGCCGUACAUUGUAGUGAAAAAAGACUGCCCUCAAUACGACCCAAGAUUUGUUGGCUUUGGUUGGAAUAAGGUUGCACAAAUUAUGGAAAUCGAUGCCCAGGGGUAUGAAUUUGUAGUUCUUCCAAAUGCAUUCAUUAUACAUAUGCCCCAUACACCAAGCUUUGAUAUAGCAAAGUUCAGGUCAAGCUCAACGUACAGGAAGUGUUUAAAAGUAUUAAAAGAUGAAUUCAGGAAAGAUUUGUCCAAGAAAUAUGGUUUUGGUGCUCUCAAAUAUGUUGCAACAGAAUGACUGGAUCAUUUAGUAUAUUUAUUUAACAAAUAUUUAUUGAGGUUCAAACGUUCAGGGAGUAACUUCGAGCAGUUCUGUCACAGGCUGGCAUGUUUAGCAUAGUUGCGGCACCAGAUGGGUGUAUGGUGGGGUUUCACAAGACCCCUGACGGGAAAGCCUGAACCCCCGUUGGAGAAGCAGACAAUCAUGUCAGGGAACACUAGACCCUAAGUUAAGGGCAGGGCAAGGGUGGCACCAGAGGGGUUCAGCAGCCUGCUAGGCAAUCACGGCUGGCAGGGAACUGCCAGAAGUAUUAAUCAGGGGGAAAUGGUUUUCCACCAAUGUGUGGUUCUGUGUUGCUUCACAACCAACAGGCAUAGAGAAAAAUCCAUCACCACCACUUUAAAUUAUAUGGUACAGUAUACUGUAUUAUUUUUUUAAUCCAAAAAUUGGCACCACACUAGUCAGCUAGUUAGAGCCAGUAAAAAACAAGAUGCACUGUACUGUAUAAUGAAAUGAUGUAGAUUGUUAAUACAGCAUUUGUGAGCAAGGCUAGCAUUGAGAUGUAAUUGCCAAAAAAAAAAUCAGGAAAUGAUUAUAAUGAAAAAUAAAAGCAGAAUACAAUGCAAGCUGUUUAAGAAAUCAGGCAUCUAAAAUCUGAUAGGAUAGUUUGACAUUACAAGGUCUCCACAACUACAAUGCAUUAGGAAAUGAUGAGCCUAUAACCAAUUACAUUUAAUUUACACUGCCAUUUGUUUUCUUUUCACCAUAAUUGUCUUCCAAUUAAUUAUUCAUUGAUGCUUAUACUAAUCAAGUUAGCUUAGGAGUCUCUUAAUUUGGUGUGGCCGUAUAUAUUUGAUUAUAUGUAAUAUUAUAGUAAGAAUUUUUUCUGUGUUGUAUGAAUUAUUAGUUACGUUUUAUUGUGUAUUUAUGAUAGUUAUUUCUCCUCCAUAUUUGUCACGUAUUUUAUGUUUAGAAAUUAUAUCGUGUUAUGAUACCACAAGGUUGCACUUUCUUUAUGGAACUUGGUAUCCAGUGACCAGGAAUAACAUUUUCUGCACCUCUGAUUAGGUUCCUGAAUGGGUAAUGCAUUAUUAAUGCUGGGUUACAAUUAUUAGUCUUAAAUGAUCUUAAUAGAUGACAAAUAAGUGCUAUACAUACAGGUGAAUGUAAAUGUUGAGUCUUUGAGUACAUAUGAUACAAUAGCCCCUUUCACACAGGCACAGAAUAGCCCCUUUCACACAGGCACAAUGCUUGACCUGACCCACAAAUGUAGUGCGUUAGUUUGUCGGUGUAAAAGGGAGAAAUGUGGCUUGAUGUUUUUUAUCAUCAAGACACUAAUAAACAACCCAUAGGCAGAUUAAACCUGUCCACAUAAAUUUGAAAAAUUAUAUUAAAUUUAAGUCUGGGAGGCCAUUUUCAGCAAUCUAGGGGUGCUAUAUCCAUAAAAUAUCGUACCUUAGCUCCAACCAUGGUGGGGCUGAGGUGUUGUGGACCUUCCACUGUAAAAGUCCAUUCCCGGGCCGCCUUUAUUUUAAAUUCUUGGAUCCACCUCUGCAAACGAUUUCUAACAAAAUAAUAUUGUUGGAAUAAGUCAACUAAGCCUUUGUAGGCUUACAAAACAUGGUAGCAUUAUAAUAAUGUACAGCAAUAAUUUAUAAUAAGCGCUGCUUUUCAAUAAUCUCCUUUUGCAGUGGCGGAUUCAAGGGCCCAGCCGACCCGGAUACCUUAAAUUUUUGAAAAUUAUAAAAAAAGUGCCAUAAUCAUUAACUUUUUUUAUGUUAGCCCAACCAUGGUAGGCUGAGGUGGUGUAGACCCUCCGUUUGUGAAAGGCCCUCCCUGGGGCCCCUCUAUUUUUUAUGCCAUCCACCGCUGUUUUGGAUAAAAUGCCACACUGAAGCCUCCAAAGAUUUAACAAGUGCUGCAGUGCUUUUUUGAUCAUUUACAGUAUGCAUUUUUUAUGAUGGGUUCCAGCACAUUCUUAAUUAUUAUAGAAAAAAUAAACCACAACUUUGCAUUGUAAGGAUUAUGUACUAAAUUCAGUAGACUUGUUAUGCUGUAUAGGUCAUAUUAAAACAGGUACCAUAUGUACAAAAAGGAGAGAAUAAUUUACAUAUUUUGUUAUUUCAAUUAUUUGUCUACACAAUUCUUGAGUGUAUGAUUAUUUUCAUCAACAUAGCUUGUUACCUACAAAUAUAUAAAUCAUGAAGUUUUGGUUUGGCACUUAAGAUGCUCACCCUAUAAUCCCAGAGUCUUUGGUUCAGUCCUAACAAAAUAGGCAACGUCUUGUACAGACUCUAUAACUAAAUGUCUAACAGCUGCUUCGGUGUCCUUUAAGCCUCAUUCACACCAAAUCUGAAUGUUCAGGACGGGAGGCCUACUGAACAUAUCGGAUCAAAUUAGUGUGUAAGAAUAGGGAUGCUGGGAUGCUGGCAUUCAGCACAUCGGAAACACGGAUCCGAUGUGAAUGUAGAUUUAGAGUUCCACUGCUAUACAUCAAGUAUGUUCAGCCAUUCUGAAUAAAAAAAAAACCCCUAAAAUAUGGUAUAGUCUUUGUAUUUAAAAUGUAUGGACAUUCUACAUUUUGGUCACAAAUUAAUACUCUUGAAAACAUACAAUGAAUUGAUUGACAAUGUGGAAAUUGUCAUCUACUGUAUCUAGUAUGUACAUGUUUUUACUCUGUGAAUGUUUAAAUUUUAUAUUUGGUCAAUAAAUCUUUAAAAAUUACUAAAA